AUGGCAUCCGAGACCGAGAAGACCCAGGCCUUACUCCAGUCUUGCAGCACUCAGUCUCUUCUUUCCAGCCUGGGCCUGGGGAUAUUCUGCCUCGUAGCUGACAGACUUCUGCAGUUUUCCAUAAUUCAGCACAAUACCUGGCUCCGCGCCCUCUCCGACAAUGCAGUGCACGGUGUGAUCGGCAUGUGGUCCUGGGCGAUCGUCAUUGGAAUCAAGAAGAAGACUGACCUGAGAGAGAUCUUUCUAGCUGGGUUUUUAGCCUGCGUUAUUGACGUGGACCACUUUUUACUAGCUAGAUCCCUGUCUUUACAGGCUGCUCUGACUCUCCCGCGAAGACCCUUCCUUCACUGCUCUACGCUGAUUCCCGUCGUGGUUCUCACCCUCAAGGGCACCAUGCACCUCUUCAAGCUCAAAGACUCGUGGUGCUUCCUCCCGUGGAUGGUCUUCACAUCCUGGACCUCACACCACAUCCGGGACGGCCUCCGUCACGGCCUGUGGCUGUGCCCGUUUGGAAAGACCCCUCCCUUGCCAGUCUGGCUUUAUGUCGUAAGCACGGCGUCUCUGCCUCACCUCUGUUCCAUGGUCAUGUAUUUAACGGGGACAAGACAGGUGAUGUCUUCAAAACACGGAAUCCGUAUUGAUGUCUGA